GCGGGACCCCACUCACGUGUGCACGGCCUCCACCCUCCCCAGAACUUUGUCUGCCUCGCACGCGACGACGUGUCUUCGCUUCCAACUCAUGUCCGCAUUGUAACUCUCUCACAAUCUGGUCAGCAUGGAAGCCCACACCAAGGGUGCCGCGCGCUCACCUAUCCUCGUUGACUCGACACUCCUCGUCGGCGCCCGUAUCCUCUUCUUCCUCCUCGCCCGCCGCUUCCUCCACUCUCUGUCGCCCACACUGCGCGAGCUACAGAAACCCGAAGUAUCCCUUCCUACGACUCAGACCCGCACGAGACCACGCUCCGCUUCCGCGAUGAGCGGGGUGAGCGUUCGGACAACUCGCUCCCCAGUAGAGCCCGCCUCUCCCCUCCCCGAUACUGAUGAGGAUACAUCACCAGCCUCCUCAUACCCCGGCUCUCCGGGAAGCGCACGUUCCCUUCUCCCUGGGGCUUCCUCACCCACUCCAAACUCUCGGGGUGGGCCAAGCUCCGUCGAGAUGCAAUUCCUGGGCGCGAAGCUCCAGCCGCGUGUGAUCCAGCUGUCGCACUCUGCCCCCCCACCUAGCGCUGUGGGAACGAAACGCGUCAAGCGUACGGCCAGGGGACUUUCCCGCAUCGCUCGUACUCUCUUUGCUGUCUGCUUCGCUGAGAGCUUGACGCUCAUCGCCAUUGUCGCUACGCACGCAUUGGGGAUACUGCACGCAAACGCUCGCCGCGUGAACUUCUCGGUAUCGCUGCACAUCUUGCUCGCACUGAUUCUUCUCGUGGUCCCGCUUGUGCAAUGCCUUCUGUGCACGUACAGGAGUCGGCGAGACUCCGUCUCCACGAAGCCCUCUAUUGCGAGCCUCAGCUUGACAGCUCGUGUGCUCAUCUCAUUGAUUCCCUUCGCCAUCUACGUUUUCCUUUUCACCCGCAUUCCGCCUUACAUUACUGCCGUUAAGCCGGCGGACGACAGCUGGGCGGAAGGAUGGGAGGGUGGCGGUUGGUUGGAGAGCAGCCUAGGCCGCGUAGUUGUGCUCGGAGUGGUGGUGAUUGCAGGGCUCAGUGGGAUCGGUGCGGUGGUCACCGCGUGGGAUUAUCUCGAGCAGGCUGCCGGCACAAGACGCGUGGUCACAGACGCAGACGUGCUCCAGGCUGAGCGUUCUCUCUACCGGGUGCGGCACGACGCCCAAGCGAAGCGUGACGAGAUUGAGCGCAUUGCUCGUAAUGAGCCGGAGCCAAGCGGGUGGAUGACGCGCGUGUUCGGGACAAAGGUUGGACAGGAGUUGUCCGCCCUCAACACCGAACUCAGGACGCUCGAGGUGAUGGAGGCAGACAUCGCCCGAUCCGUCGCUACACUGAGGGCGCGGCACAAGGCACAAGGAUUCCGCGCUACUCUCAAGGGGACAGUGUACAACAUUCUGGGAUACAUCUUCGCGAUUUACUGCGUUGCCCGUCUUCUUCUGUGCGCUGCCUCCCUCCUCUCCCCCUUCGCCACCAGCACGGCCACCACGGAACCCACCAAGGGCAACAGCAACGGCGACUGGAUCUCCUUUGUGCUCGCCCUAGCCCUCAGCGGCCUCGAUGCGGACGCGGAUGUUGCGCGCUGGUCUCGCACCAUCUCGCUUCUCUUUACCGGCGCCCUAGUGGUGUCGUCCCUAGCAAUGGUGCUGCGCUGGCUCGCACGGGUCUUGAGGCUCACCUCCCGCACAGUGGGCGCGGGCUUCCUCCUCCUCACCCUGGGCCAGCUCUUCGCGAUGUACGUCAUCUCCCUGCUGGUCCAGCUGCGCUCGUCGCUCCCGCCAUCACCGGCAGUUCCACCAGGACUACCAGCAAAUGCAACCAUUCCUGCCAACCGGACAGAGGCAAACUCCACAGAUAGCCUCGCGGCGUCGGCUGUGGCAGUUGUCGCCGCGGCGGCCGCCAGCGCCGACGACUCGCUUCUUCGAUCGCUCCCAGACUUCCGUGUGUUUGGGCGGCUGUUCGACGCCGUCUUCCUCCUGACGGCGCUGAGUACAUUCGUGUAUCGCUGGAUUGCGGCCAAGGUGACGGAUGACGGAGAUCUGUAUGAAGCGCUGGGGCGAUAGAUGGCCGUGGCUCGACUCUGCCAAGAGCUCCUUCAUGCUCAUGACAUAGUACUGCUAUGGGGCAGUUGUAACGUAGAUUACUCGGUAUACAUAAUGGUAUGAUUGUGCUGGGUAUAUCAUAAACUCCGAGCGACAUCCUCACGUCCGUGAUUAUAUGAGCCGUCAUCUCGCCAUCCUGCAUUGCCACUCACGCCCACU